AGAGAGAGAGAGAGAGAGAGAGAGAGAGAGAGAGAGAGAGAGAGAGAGAGAGAGAGAGAGGUAUUGUGGAGAUGGCAAGCGGUUUAGAUCGGCGGGGAAGUUUUGAAAGACCAGGAUAUCCGCCUGCGGCAGCGGAUCGUAACUAUCCUUCUCAUCCACUGCCAGAUUCACAGGAUGGUGUUGGUGGAGAUCGCAGAGGAAGUUUUGGGGCUGAUGGCCGGCCACGCAGGUCCCCCUCGUCUGUUGGGGAGGGAGGUAUCUCGCGGGUGGGAUCAAGAAUAUCAGAUAUUGUUGACAGUGAACUGGAAGAGAUGGAGCGCAUAGUCCAGAUGGAGGAAGAGAUGAAGAAAAGUCAAGAGCGUAUAUUGCGAAUGGAGGAGGAGAACAAGCGAGUCCAAGACCGCUUACGGCGACUGGUUAGAAAGAAGAACGCGAAGAUUGGGGAGUGCGAGAAGCAAAUCGAAGAUAUGAAAAAUUACGGGUUGUUUCGGCCAACGGGCUUUCCAAGUCCCUGGAAGAGCGAUCUUACGGAGUGCUUGAAGGAAAGGGACAUCUGUCUGAAGGGCUGUUUUGUUCCCUGCUGGUUAUUUGGAGAGACGUACUUGCAAGUCGUCAAUUGGGACGAGACUCCGGGGAGGGCAGUCGUCAGCAGUUGUGCUUGUUGUAAGCCGACGGAGGCCGAUCCUCCCGAACACGGCCGUCACCGCCUUCGCUUGGCGACUGGCUGCUGCAUUCAUGCUGCUCUGGGUGGUGUUACCUCCUUCCUUGGCUUCCUUCUGUUUCCGAUAACCCUCUCGCCGUGCUACGCAUAUGAAGUGAGGACUAAGAUCCGACAGAAGUACAAUCUCGAAGAGGCGCCCUGUGAAGACUUUGUGGUGACCUGUCUGUGUCAUCAGCUGGCGCUAUGUCAAGAGGCGAGGGAGCUCCAGGCGAGACACAAGGAUCAGGAGGGGAAAAGGCGCGACGAGGAGUUGCAAGAGGUGCUGCUGUCGCAAGGUCAACCGAAGUCAGAUACCAAGGCACAACCUGAUGAAAAAGGAGGGUCGUCGGACGAGGAGGACAGAGAGCUGAAUGGGCAUGACACAGCAAAGGCGGAACGCCCAGUCACAUCGUUUCUCCAGAACCCGCCUCAAGUACAGAGAAUGUAGUACCCCUGUUGUAAUCAUAUAGGAGAGGCGCAAAGGAAUGCCGGGGGGAGGGAGGAGUUGGAAAGCGUGCCAAUUGAAAUAUAGGGGUGAACUGUUUGUCGAGGGCAUCGUGGAGUGUCGUGGGGGGGGAGGGGAGGAAAAGGGUGCGGUUAGAUGAUGCCAUCGGUAGAGCUUUCAUAGCAAAGAAUUGGAACAGCCUUGUUGAAGAAGAGGUCAUCCUUUAUCCAGUUUCCCUGUUAAAUCGCCAGCACCUUGCCCAGGCAAACUUGAGAAUUGAAAUUGCAUCAUUCCGGGUUCUUUCGGAUGAACAGUGCGACGGGACCGCUGCCGUUUUGUUUUUCAUUGGCUAGCUGUGCAAAUCCGCCGUGUUGGGAAAAGGCGGCUCAAAGGUACUGGUGGUUUGACAAAGAAAAUUUGGGUCAGGCCUCCUUCAGAAGAGGUGGUGUCUUCUCCACUCUCCUUGUUCAAUGUUAGGGGCAGUGAAUUUCUACAAAUCGACGGGUAGGUGAUUUGACGAGUAGACGAGUACUCACAUUGGUAGGUGUAGAAAAAUGACCGGCGGGCUAGCAUUUCUAUGAGGGGCUGGCAGGCAACGACCAGAGGAGAGGAUAGACGAGAACGUAACGCAGUUGUUCCCUUUUGGAGUGUAAGUUAACAGAAAUCU